AUGCCGAAAGCAGAAGUCGGCUCAACCAAGUAUUUGAACAACAAACUCAAGAGCAAAGGCCUCCAGCGCCUGCGCUGGUACUGCCAGGUCUGCGAGAAACAAUGUCGCGAUGAGAACGGCUUCAAAAUGCACACGCAGUCCGAGUCGCAUGUUCGGCAAAUGAUCGUUGUAGGCGAGGACCCGAAAAAGUUCCUUAACGAGUACAGCAACCAGUUCCUCCGCGACUUCCUCCAGCUCCUUCGCACAGGUCACGGAGAGAAGCAAGUGCAAAUCAACCACUUUUACCAGGAGUACAUCGCCAACAAGGAACACGUGCACAUGAACGCGACGAAAUGGCCUAGCUUGACCGAGUUUGCGAAACACCUGGGCAGAGAGGGCAUUUGUCGUGUUGAAGAGACGGAGAAGGGAAUUCACAUUGCCUGGAUCGAUAAUUCCCCCGAGGCGCUAAAGAGACAAGAGUCGUUGAGGAGGAAGGAAGCGCAGGAUCGAGGGAAUGAGGAGGUUGAACAGAUGAUGAUCCGGGAGCAAAUCAAACGGGCGCAAAAGCAGGCUGAAGCGAGGGGGGAGAAGGACGAGAAUGACGAGGUGAGGGAAAAGGGGUUGCAGCGCGCUGAAGGAGAAAAGAUCUCCCUGUCAUUUGGCUCGAAACCUGCUGCCAAGGCUGAGCCCAGUCCACAACCGAAAUCUGCCUCUCCUGAUGUUCCGGGCUCUGCGACACCCGCCGCAGCCCCGGAGAAGCCUGCAGAUAAACCGGCGGAAAAGCCUUCGCUCGGCGGGGUCUCACUCAAGAUGACUGCCAAACCGCAGACGAAAAACGUGUUUGCGCAGGCUAAAAAGAACGCCCUCGCGGGAGGCUCAAAGAAGGCGGCUUUUGAACAGCCCAAGAAGAUGAGCGAGGCGGAGAGGAUCAUGAAGGAGGAUAUGGAAAGGAUGGAGAAGAAGAGGUCCAGAGAUGGGUCUGGUUUCGGUGGAUUUUCGUUCAAGAAGCAAAAGACGGACCAGCGGUGA